AGAGGGGCACCCUCUCGGUCUUCUAUGGUCGGUGGGAACGCAAACCACCUUCUGAAGAACGGACAAAGAGAAAAGGAGGAGGAAAUAUCUCAGCCGAUAAGGAAUCGAAAAAGACCGGAGCGGAGCCCUAGAAGAAGAUCCAAGAAGAAGAAACCGUAGGAGAGGCUCACAGAAGGAGAAACAAGGUCACAAGAAGCAGGAGAGUAGCAGAAAUGACAGAGCCAGAAAGAAUUUGGAGAGCAACAAGGGAUGGGUGCAUUGAUUGCAUCAGAUCACUAGGAAGAGGAGAGCCCGAAGGUGUCGUAAUGGACCUAAUUCUGUGUCAGAAACUAUUGCCUGGUGGAAAGAGCAUAACCACAAGCUGGAAUGCGCUUCUGAUGGCCACAAACAUAUACAGAGAGCACCUGGAAAGGGUUCAAGGAAGGGUUGUAUGGAAGGUAAAGGAGGACCAGACAACCCACACUGCAAGUAUCGUGGUGUAAGGCAGCGUACAUGGGGCAAGUGGGUUGCUGAAAUCCGAGAACCCAGUCGGGGCAGUCGCCUGUGGCUUGGGACUUUCCCUACUGCUGUAGAAGCUGCUCUUGCUUAUGAUGAAGCUGCAAGGGCUAUGUACGGCUCCUAUGCCCGUCUCAAUCUUCCGGAGUUUAACAGCUGUGCCAAUACUCCAAUCACAACUUCAGAAUCCUGCGAAUCUACCACUACAUCACACCACUCUAAUGUCUCUGAUGUUUCAAACCCUCGGCAACCCAUCGUGAUCAUGCCAAGGCAAGAACCAGAGGAUGAGAUCAGAAAUAAUGGCCUACCACCUGCAGCAGCAGCAGCGGUUGCCAAGGAUGAGCCCGGCGAGGAAUUAUUUGGGCCACUCGAUCAGAUAGAGGAUCUUCCUGAAGAUAGGUUUGACAUUGGAGACAUGCUGAGGGCGAUGGAUGCUGAUCUGACAAAUAGGGGUGCUGGUGGUGAGGGUAUCAAUGGCAUCGCAUGCCAGUCGGGUCCUGUUGUUGGUGAUAUUAACUGGCAAUGUAGCAGUCCCUCAGCUUUCUCAUUCCAGUUGCAGAAUCCGGAUGCUAAGAUGCUGGGAAGCCUGCAUCAUAUGGAGCAAAACCCUGCUGGCAUGGACUGUGGUUAUGAUGAUUUUGUCAGGCAGAUGGAGCACGGGCUUCCUGAUGAUUCGGCAAUGCCGGAACUAGGAUUUAGUGACUCGAGCUUUUUCUACAAUGGGCAUGAGGAGGGCGGAGGGGAGUGAAGCAUCUGAGCAAGGUGCCCUGUGCUGGCUGUUCUUUUGACCAAGUUCUACCGAGAUGGUUUAGUUUUAAACAGCAGGAGUUCUGACAUCUGACCGUUUUUUAUUCAUGAGACUGACAGAAUAAGUUCUCCUAGGUUUUUUCAAGUAUGGGGACCGAGCUUUUGGUACUAUUAGUAUUAAGUGUUAUUAUCCAUUCUGCUUUGUUUUGGUCCAAUCAUAUAUGCAGGCAUUGUACAUUACAGCUUUUUAAGCAUCGAGUUGAUCAACCGUGUAUAAAAGGAAAGGACGUAGUAGCUUGAUGUUCAGAAAGGUAGAAUCAAGUUUGUGUCUGGCUCUUUACUCUGGGAGUUGAUUUUUGGAAGUAUUGAUGCAUCUAUAUGUUGAUUGGUUUCAUCUAAGACUUACCGUGAAUGAGUUGAAAGAUCAAUUUCACAACCACUGAGCUGAACUCGGUGGUCCGAGCUGAACGUAGCAGGCUUGGUAGUGGUUGUGGUUGCUCUUAAAUCUCUUGAUUUCUAGAUUUGGGCUAUUUGGAGUCUCCCAUAUACCAGGUAUUUGGGAUCAAUGGAGUCUUAAUUUCAUGUAAGCCAAACCAUGUAAACGUUUAAUCAAAUAAAUUCUGUAUCCUUCAUAUACUCUUAUAAUAAAAUAA